UCAUAGAUGCGAACAGAAAUCGAUAACAGACGUUAUCAGAAGCAACACGAAGGGAGCUGGUCCGUCUGUGCACCCGCUCACAACAUCGUCUAGAUUAUCAUCCUUCUCAGCCUCUUCCCGUCAUGCCGGAUCUCAGCUGGCCCUUUCGCCGCUUAUCUGCGUGCCAGCGACAAAGUCCGGGGACCCUACGGAGGUUCAUCUACUGUGUAUGCAGGAACGCUUGGCCCCGGGGGCAACUAGGGUAUCUACCGUUGUACUCUACAAGAGAUCUAGCCAAGCAUUCGAUACUACUCCAGCCAUCAGCUACUUUCUAUUCAACCUCAGGAGCAGAUGAGGCUGUGCUAAAGAGCUAUUGCAUUGGGACAAAGGCCCAAGUCCGUCAACCUGUUUUACGUGCUCGAACCCGAAGGGCAACCUCUCGCAACAUCGGCCUCUUGCAUCUUGGAUCCGAUCAUGGCAGAUUCAGCGAUGCAGAACAAUCUGCCCGCCCCUCUCCGCCCAGUCUUCGUACAACGGUCCUCCCCACAUUAAAUAAUGCGAUUUUCCCCUCUCUUACCUUUCUCGUUUCACCCAUCUACCUCCGCAGUUCGCUCAUCUGGUCCAUGAGGUACUCCUGUUCGCCACGGCUGUUGCACGGUCGCUCAUUCCGGUCCUGUUCGCGGCGUACAAGGACGCAAGGACGGACGCAUGGAUGGUUGGCUUGGGCGGGAAUGUGCUCAUCCUCUUGGCGGGUGGAACCUGUAUCUUGAUAUGCACCCCAUCACCGCCCAAUCACCAAGCCUACCGCCGCUACCCUCCCGCUGUUCUGUGCCAAGGACCGCCGGGUGAGCGUCCCGCUCCGCUAUUCUAACUGCUUGCGGUCGUGCCCACACAUGAAGCACUGUGGCUGCAAGAGUACUCAUGUCUGUGAAACAGCAGUACUAAAAACUCGCCAUACACAGCUUAUCACAUGUAGAUCCUCCACAUGGGGGUUCCAGAAGGUACGUAGACUCUCCCUCACUGUGGUCACUCGGAUCCCAGCAUGGAUGAGAACUCACCAUGAGGCAAACUGUAUGCCGUUGGGAGCGAAAUUGCCCAUAGCUGCAUGGACACCUUCAAACCUGAGUGGAAAUAUACCAAGCCCACUCGGAUACCACUGCACUCACAUCCGCAUGCUACCGCAUCGGGCCUUCAACUUCAGCUACCUUGGCAGCUUACGCCUUAACGAGACGU